AUGGAUGUGUUAUUGUUGUUACUGCCUCUAUUGGUUGCUUUGCCAGGCUUGAAUGUAGUCGAGAGCCGAAAAACACUGGCUGUGGAGCACUAUGUUGAGUACUGUGCUGUGAGCUGCAGAGCUUACAGUGCCUCAGUGACGGAGUUUGGAGCGGUUGGCGAUGGACAAACUUCGAACACGCGGGCCUUUCAGACGGCUGUAGAUCAUCUGAGUCAGUACUCGUCGAACGGCGGGUCUCAACUUUAUGUUCCACCAGGAAGAUGGUUGACUGGUAGUUUCAAUCUCACCAGUCAUUUCACUUUGUUCCUACACAAAGAUGCAGUCAUUCUUGCCUCUCAGGACGAAAGUGAGUGGCCGGUGAUUGAGCCCUUACCGUCUUAUGGUCGAGGGAGGGACACUCAAGGCGGACGAUAUAGCAGUCUAAUUUUUGGAACCAACCUCACUGAUAUAGUCAUAACAGGGGACAAUGGAACAUUAGAUGGACAAGGUGAAGUGUGGUGGCAAAAGUUCCAUAAGGGGGAGCUUAGCUAUACCAGGCCUUACCUGAUUGAAAUCAUGCACUCAGAUGAUAUUCAGAUAUCGAAUCUGACUUUGGUUAAUUCUCCAUCCUGGAAUGUUCAUCCUGUUUAUAGCAGCAACAUUGUUGUUCGAGGCAUCACAAUUCUCGCUCCUGUGAAUUCGCCAAAUACAGAUGGGAUCAACCCUGACUCUUGCACGAACACGCGGAUUGAGGACUGUUAUAUAGUGUCCGGGGAUGACUGUGUGGCUGUGAAAAGUGGUUGGGAUGAGUAUGGUAUAGCUUAUGGAAUGCCAACUAAGCAGCUGGUGGUUAAAAGACUCACUUGCAUUUCUCCAACCAGUGCUGUGAUUGCUUUAGGGAGCGAAAUGUCGGGUGGUAUUGAAGACGUACGGGCUGAGGACAUUCUAGCGAUCGAUUCCGAAUCAGGAGUUAGGAUCAAAACUGCUGUUGGAAGAGGAGGAUAUGUGAGAGACAUAUAUGUUAGAAGGAUGACCAUGAAAACAAUGAAAUGGGCAUUUUGGAUGACAGGAGAUUAUGGCUCUCAUGCUGAUAACAACUACGAUCCUAACGCGAUUCCUGUGGUUCAGAAUAUUAAUUACCACGAUAUGGUUGCUGAAAACGUGACUAUGGCUGCAAAGUUGGAGGGUAUAUCUAAUGCACCGUUUACCGGAAUCUGCAUAUCCAAUGUAACAAUUGGACUAGCAAAGAAGGCGAAAAAACUGCCUUGGAAUUGCACGAAUAUAGCCGGGAUUUCAAGUGGUGUCACUCCUGUGCCAUGUGGCCUAUUGCCAGACCAAGGAGUAGAGGAUAUUGCGGCAUGCACCUUUCCAGAAGGAGGUUUGCCUAUUGAAGAUGAUGUCGAGGUUCAAACAUGUACUUAUAGAAUAAAUUUGUGA